GCUUCACGGUGUCUUCCUCCCCGCGGAUGAGGCUCCUCCCCCGGGCUUCACGGUGUCUUCCUCCCCGCGGACCAGGCUCCUGUGGCGGUUCUUCGUCAGCGGUCGGAUGGGAGACAUGGGCUCCAAGGGUCAGAUGCCGUCCCCGGAGAGCGCGCUGCCGGGCCGGACCCAGAGCCCCGUGACAGUGUCCGCCAAACACGACGUGAACGGAAACAGAACGAUUCCCCCGUUCCCCGAGGGCACAGAGAGCGUCAUCUUUGGCAUGGGCUGUUUCUGGGGGGCGGAGCGUAAGUUCUGGAGGCAGAAGGGCGUGUACUCGACUCAGGUGGGCUACGCCGGAGGAUACACGCCCCACCCCACCUACAGGGAGGUGUGCACAGGUCGGACGGGUCACGCUGAGGUCGUCCGCGUCGUCUUUUACCCCGAGAAAAUCAGCUUCUCUGGACUCCUCAAAGUGUUCUGGGAAAACCACGACCCCACGCAGGGAAUGUGACAGGGGAAUGACUUUGGGACGGCUUAUCGUUCUGUGAUCUUCACCUCGUCUCCUCCACAAACUCAGGAGGCGCUGAGCUCCAAGGAACAGUACCAGAAGGUGCUGACGGCGGAGGGAUACGGCCCCAUCACCACCGAGAUCUCAGAGGGGCAGACGUUUUACUACGCCGAGGAUUAUCACCAACAAUAUCUGAGCAAGAACCCGGACGGGUACUGUGGGCUCGGGGGCACCGGGGUCUCCUGCCCCAUCGGACGCAGCCGGGACUAGAGCGGGACUGGAGCGGGACUAGAGCGGGACUAG